ACUGAUUGGCAUCGUAACACACAAUUCCCCUCUCCAAGCAACAAUCUAAAUUUUAUAGAGAAAAAUAAAAAAGUUUUUCUUUUUCUUUAUAGAAACAAUAAUAUGUUGUUAGGGAAUCGACCACGGCCUCAAAUGCAGAGAACAGCAAGCAUAACGAGGAUCACUAUCGAAGUUGAUGGUGAUCAGACCGCCGGCCAAGACUCUGACGUGUCUAUGACGGUGGUUGACGGCGGAGAAAAUUACGCCCAGCGGUUCUUGUCGCCGGUAAAUCACCAGAGGAACGAGAGAAAAUACGGUGGGAGAUCCUCACCGUCGUCUUUUCUUGUAAACUGUGGCUUUUGCAAACGCGGUCUUGCUCCGGGUCGUGAUAUUUACAUGUACAAAGGGGACGCAGCGUUUUGUAGCAUAGAAUGCAGAGAACAGCAAAUGGAGCACGACGAGGGGAAAACAAGAAACCGCGUCGUACUAUCACCUUCAAAAUAAAAAUACGCAUGGCUCAAAUUUACUAUUACUCUUAAGUUUGUGUGUGUUUUAACUAGAGAUUGUUGUUGUUAAUCAUUAAUUAGUGUCAUCAUGUAAAAUUAAUCCUCAGAAAAAAAUGAAAUGAAUCUAUCUUUCAUGUCCUGCCUAUUAUUUUAGUUUCACACUUCCUUGUCU